UGUAUGAAAUGGGGGAAAUAAUUGAAAGUGUAAUUGUGACAGCUCGAAAAUUUCCUUGUUUUCGUUGGAAAUUCGCUUGAGUUUUGACGUAUUUUCCCCGACGGUUCACGUUAAGAAUUGCCUUUGGCCGCCACCACAAGUUUGGUGAGAGUUGAAUAACGAAAGGCGUGCAGUGAAUUGAAAAUCCGAGUGCAGUGCAAGGAAAAAAAAGCACGUUGUUUAUCGGUGAGUGGAAACGCGAGAAGUGCCAGUGGUCCCUCUCCUACCCUGCUUCCUGGCCUGAGGAGGGUCACGUAGUCUCGCCCAUAUAUCACUUUAAGCGUGCUUGUAAAGCACCUUGUCUGGAGGAGGUUGAGUUGGCCGGGGCACUGUGGUUAGUUUGUGACGAGAGGUUGUGUGUGCAGGAGGAGGCCAGGAACAUGAAGGAGAUCGAGAGUCAGCUAAUUCGACCAGGGGUUAGCUAUGAGAAUCGAGUGAGUGCCGUGCUGUCGGGUUGGGAACACCUGGCUGGUACUGUUCAAGGAGACGUUAGCCAAGUGCAGCCUCUUGCAACCUUUCUCUAUCGAUGGAGUUUACGACUGGUUCUACAAGGAGAGUGGCCAGGAUUAGCCCAGAUUGUGAAGACUCGGCUAGGUGUGACGCUACAUCGAUGUUCGCGAGUGGCUGUCUUACAGCCCCUGUGUCGUACAUUAUUACCUCUUGUGUCGGAUCCUUGGGGUCAAACAACAAAGACUAUCUUCUCAGAUUCAGAGGUUCAAGAUAAUGAAGCUAUAAAAUACAUCUCCAAUGAAACCUGGGAGGUGGUACGUGUGCGAGUGGACACAAUGAUCGAGUCAAGAUGUGAAGAGCUUGCCUUUCGUGUCCUCAAAGUUUGUAUUAGAUGUAUACGUCUCAGAUCUGAAGGGAUGGAAGUUCCACUCUAUACAGAUGAAGACCACAAUCACUAUGUUGAUUUGUAUUUUGCUCUGCUAUAUAAGUUCCAGCGCAAAAGUUUUUUAGAUGAGGUUACGGCACAGCUGGAUGUGAAUGAAGGUGUGAACUUAGUAAGAAGACUUGUUGCUAAACAGGACAAGGCUAAGGUCUGGAAACAUCGGCUGAAAAUCGCAGACCUUGCUAUUCAAAUCUUCUUGGCCAAGACCAUUGUCAAGAAGUGCACCCAUGAUUUUUGGAGUGUUUUUCAUGAAUGGUGUGGUGUACAGGAAGCUGCUGCAGUUCCUGAUGAUUUGCUAAGUCAAAUGAUCCACAAGUACAUGCAACUCUCUGAGUCGUCGUUGCAUAUAUACAAGAUGAGCUCCAUAUUAUAUAUGAAGUUUGGAAAACGGGUGGCUUCGCUUGUGACUGAGCUUUUGAUUCGAGCUCUGACCAUGGACAUGAAUAGCUUAGAAGCUCUAAAAUUAAAGGAGAGAGAAGGUAACAUAAAGGAUGCACACCUGCAGUUGGAGCAACAGAUGGCUGCUGGUUUUAUGGAUCUAGCAACAGUCUUUACAACUCAUAAAAGUGUGGCAAGAGAAUGUGUGCUCACUGCUUUCAGUCUGCACCCAACAUCUGAUCGCUUAGUCUUGCUCAACAGCUUUGUGAGAGAGCCCUCCCCAUUCCAUGCCAGUGAUGCAGCUUCCAGUGUGCAGCCACUCCCUUCUCCUUCAUCAACUACACCUCAGUCUCCACCCACUUCUCCUCGUCCUCCACCUCUUCCUCCCCCUCACUCUCCUGACUUUAAACAGGAUGAUCGUACAUUACUGGGGUUAUCAGCCAUGUGCCUCCAAUCUUCUUCUUCAACCAGCACCACAGCAGACAGUCUUGACACUUUACAUAGCUAUCAUGGUGUUCAACCCACACAACCCCCCUCUUGUUUUCAGUCCACGUCUUUAGACCUUCAUAGAACACAAAUUUCUCAAGAACAUGCACACAGUCCUCAUUUAUUUACAAGGAUUAAGUCCAGUGCAAGUGACUCAGUCCAAAUUAGUCAUAAUUGUGUUGGUGUUCAGGAUAGUGUUAAUAUUUCUGAAAUGGAAGUGACUAGUGCCAGUGCAGUACAAGUGAGUAAUCAGGAUGAAAAUGACACUGAUUUUAUAGUAAAAGGCCAAAGUUCCCCUCCAUUAAUUAAGCUUAAAGAUCCCCCACAUGAUGGCCAGUGUGUGACACAAAUAACUGUAGACACAGGACAAACUCCCUCAAAUUUUUUACCCACUCAAAAUUCUCAAAUGUCACAAGUAAAUAGUGUAAGCAGUGCUCAAUUAAAGACAGAUGAUGUGUGUGUGUUGGAAACCAAAGAUGCGGUUAUUGAUGACGAGGGCAGUGAAAAUAGUGUUAAUUUGGAAAAUAGAAUUAAGGAUGAUGUAGAUUCUAUGGACAAGUUUUACAAAAGCACGGAAAAUUUUAUUGAACAGUUAAGUCAAGAAACACCGAAGAAAACAUCAAGGAAUUUACUUCUGACUAAUUUGACUGAAACAUUGUUGAGUCGGUGUCAAAAUUAUGAUGUUCUGACUCACCCCAAUCAGGUACUUGAUGCAGAUCAGCUAGGCUUAACAAAAGAACUCUGUGAUGAUUUGGCAGUGGUGCUAAGUAGUCCUCGUUGGCAAGUUUUGUCAUGGAUGCGUGAUUGGAGUGAAUUAAGCAAAAUAUGUGAACGUUACCUUAAUGAUGCUGAUAGUGCUAAGAAUAUGACCAAAGAAUUAAAGUAUCUCAAUAUUGAUUAUAGCCAGUUUCGAAAUAUGCCUUCAGCCGAGAUAACAGAAUUCACUGGGAUUGAAAAAGGGUAUGAACACUUUAUUGUACGCGAGUCUGAAAGUGAUUACUCUGAAGGGGAAUAUUGUGCUCAAUCCAGAACGGGGCGCUACUCAUCUGUUGAUUCAGACUCUACUGACAAUGAAAAACAUAUUAAGAGGGGAAGAGGAAGACCAAAGAAAAUUCCUCAUGCUAAUAGACUCUAUGAUUCUGAUUCUGACUAUGAUUCUAAUGAUGGGAGAAGGGAUGGAUCACAUUAUGUGAUGUCGGAGUCGGAUGAAUCGGAUAUGGAAAGCAAAGGCAAAACGAGAUUACUAAAAAUGGAAGCUGAUGGUGGCAAAAUAGUUGAAGGGAAGAGAGUAACUGCUGUUAGUAAUCAAGACAGAAGUAAACGAAUUCGAAUUGAUGCUGAAACUGGGAAACUAAGACGCGACAGAAAUUUAUUGAAUACCCUUCGUCUCUUUCGUCAUCAGAAAUAUGGAGGUGAAACUGUAAUUGAACAUAAGUUUGAAGGUGCAGUACGAUCCUCGGAUCACUUUGCUCCUCCGCUCAGCUCACUUAAUCUUAACCCUCGUGUUGUGUUGACCGAACGUGACAAAACUGCAAUCGGUCAACAGAUGCAGAGGUCAGUGACAACAGUUGCUGCUGGGAGGAGUAUGGGACCAGUGAGAACCACUCCAUCUAGUCAGCCUCGAGGGUCCUGGAGGUAUGCAGGAUCUUUGGUGGCACCCAAUCCUACCACAACUACACGACCAGCAGCAUCUGUUUCUCUCCCUCGCUCUAUGUCGGUUCAGUGUUACCUCCGCGCAAAAGAUGGCAAGGUGCGGGUUGCUCCACUUCAAAGAGCAUUACUUUGUGGUACUCGCCCACCCAAUCCUGGCGGGAGCAGCAACUACUUAAGAAUGAUAAAUGAACCAACAUCUGGCUAUGAUGACUCGUAUGCCAAAUUUUUGCUGCAGCAAAACUCGGGGUUUAGAAGCAAAGGUUCUAGCGUUACUUUGACUAGAAAAAACAUGUCACUUGAUGCUAGUCUUGAUUAUCUCAAGAAACAAGGUACAACAGUUACUUAUAAGUCUCAGAAAGUUCCAUCUGCUUUAGCACUAGCUAAUGCUCAGAAAACUGUCUUAAAUAGGAUAAUGUCACCUGAAAAUGCCAUAUCAGCAAUGAGCGGUCGCACUGCAAUUGCAAUGCCAGUUAGUAAUAAUCCUCCAAAUUUACCACCAACUGACAAGACUAAUCCAACAAAUUUAAAUCGGGUUUUACCUAAGGGCACAACUCUUGUUAGAAAACCAAAAGCAGAUGGUGCCGGACCUAGUGGUCUCAAUAAUGGUGGAUCUAGUGGUAUAGUUAGUACUCGAACUGUGCUUACUCGACCUGGAACCUUUUCAACAGUGGUUGCACGACCUGCUGUUACAGUUUCCAGUGCUAGCCUCCGUACAGGGAACCCUGUAAUGGCUGUACGGACAAAUGCAGCUACAAUCCGUUCAACAUACUCCCGAGGAGUUGUUGUAACUGGAAACAUGGGAGUGCAAGAGUCGGUGGUCAAUAGCGGUCCAACUCUGACAUCAGUUGUAGCCAGUUCUACAUCAACAACAGGAACUGCUCUUGUUGGGCCAGCAUCAACAUCAACUUCAUUGCCGGCCCCUUUAGUCUCAGCCACGGUGGUAGGGAGUGUCCUCAACUCCAAUACCAACAAUCUUAGUUCCCCCUUGGGGACACUAGGUGGAAAUAAUGGCAAGCAGCAGCAGCAGCUGCAGCAAACCUGGGAUGCAGUUCAGAGUGAAACAGUAUGCGUCAGUGAAGCACCACUUGCUAAUUUAGUCAGUGGUAUUGACAGCACUGUUACAAUUGCUCAGAUCAGCAGCACCAGGGGAGCCACCACCUGCACCACCACCGUGGCUAGCCCUCCGGGGGACAUACGAGCAGCUAGUAUGCUUGAAACUUUACUUAGGGAUCGACCAGUUCCACCCAGCCCUCUCCACACACAAUCUUCCACAGCCAUUACCACUAUCACUGCUGCUCUGCCUCAUACUCUAACAUCUGUUGUAGGUAGCAGUGGUGUUCCUAUAGCAGUGUCAGGUGAAGGGCAGGUAACAAGUGCUGUAAUGGGUACAUUAGCUAGCACUGGUACUAGUAAUGGAAGUGUUGUUAUUACCAGUGGGACUAGCACCAAUAGUGGUGUUAUUAUGGCAAGUGGUGUAGUUGGUGGAGCAACAGGAAGUGGUGUCGUUGUUGCUAGUGGUGGAAUUCUUAGUAGUGGUGUUGGUGGUAAUGGUAGUGUUGGUGACAAUAGUAGUGGAGCAGUGCAACAGGUACUUGUUCCAGCUCAAUUUGUUCAAGUACACACUAGUGAUGGUUCAACGGGCUUAGGAAUUGUUCAUUCCUCCUCAUUGGACUUAAGGUUACAUGCUGGUACAAGGGUGAUUAAGUCUUGCAGUGGAGCAGUAAGAACGGCAGGUCAACAACAACAGGUAACGGGUGUUAUUAAUCAAGCAGGUGGUCGACAAGUUAAUGUGCUUCACAAUGUCAAGAUCUUACAGAAUGUGCAGAAUAGACAGAUUGUGCGUACAGUUGUAGUACCUCAUACAGUUGCACUUCAAGGUUUGAAUACGCAUCAAACAGGCCAUCUAAAAUCUCAAGUAGUGGCACUCAGCCAAGGAACUAGUACAUCCUCUACUACUGGCAGUGUAGAGGGUGGAGUGUUACAGCCCCAGGGUCCUUCUGCCACUGUCCGAGCAAAAAUCCCUCCCUCCACUAUUGUACAGAAGGUUUUAGGACGUGGCGGUCUUGUCAUCCGUACCUUAAGACCACAGACCUCUACUCAAGCACCUGGAGAAACAUCUACUUUUGAGGAAGGACUUGGAGCAAAACUACAACAGCAGCAGGUUGUUGAAGGUGACAAAAAUUCAGGAACCUCUACCACUAGUGUAACAGUUGCUCGAUUACCUCAAGAUGAAGGUCUUGGUGAACGUCUUAGUCACUACUUAAAAACUGCAUUAGUAAGUUCUACUAGUACACAAAGUGUAGGCACACAGACUCUUACUACAGCUGUCAAACCCUCAGCUGGUCAAUUAGUAAAUCAGGUUGCAAUGAAUCACUUAAGAAGUGGAAGUGCAACUCUUUCAUUGGCUGGAGCAGUUCAGGGAAUUGCUGGACAACCUAACACUAUAUCUACAAGCCCAACACCACCACAGCAGUCAAAUCUCUCAUCUCUUCCUCUUACUCCAACAAAUGUUGUGAGUUCUGAAACUUUGGAACAGCUUAGAGAAUUUGAAUCUGUUUUUGAAAAAGUUUCAAAUAAAUCUGGGAAAGAGGUAGCCGAUGGGGAAGCUAGCGCCGAGAGCUACUCGAGUGCCACCAUGUCCUCUGAAGAAUCAAUGAUUGCCGCACAACUUUUAAGUAUGGCCAAUGAUACGCCAGCUGUAACUACAUCUUCUAAUUAUGUUUAUUCUGUACCCACAACGGUGUAUGAUGCAGGUGGCACACGCCUAACUGAAGGAACUUACAUCACCAUUCCAAGCACCACACAAGCAGGAACCCUUAUAUUAGUAAACCAUAGUGGCUCUGGAACUGGGAUUGUAACAGUAGCAAGUGGUGUGCAAGGGCAACAGCCCCCGACAGCACCGUCACCUACAUUGUCUUCUACCUCAUCCCACUCUUCAAUAGCAUCUUCACCAUCAUCCACCUCUAGUAAAAACAAGAAACAACCACCCAAGUCGAAGGUUGUCCCUCCAACUACUCCUCCCGUUGUGGCUAAGCCAAAGACACCGCCCCCACCUAAAGCUCCUGCUCCAAAACCAACAGUUGCUAAGCCCCAGGUUGAAGAAAGCGAUGAAACUAAAGCACGCAUUCAAGCAAUAUUGGAACAAUAUAAACAAGAUCUUGCCAAUACUCCACAGCCACAACCAGCACCACGAAAUAGAAAAAACUGCCCACCUCCUAAAAAUGAAGGGAAGUCAUCAAAUAAGAAAAAGAGUCCUGUAAAGAAGGUUGAAGGUGGUGCAGUUAAUAGUCCAGCUGUAUCUGAAGGUUCAAUAGUUGGUUGUCCUUCUCCUAGCCCUUCUCCUGGGCCAGCAAGUGACAACUCUCUUGGGCUUUCAGGUACUCCUUCUGGGGUGCAGACUGUACAAUAUUCUGCCCAAGUUGUUUCUGGCCAAGUAAAUUCUCCUGCUGGGAAUACUGUUAUCCCUGAUGACAAAAUAAAGAUUGAAAGUGGCCAAGAGAUAGUUACUGCAGCAGCUCCCCAGCUGUUACAAGGUGUGGUGGUGUCUAAUGUUAAAAUGGAAGGUAGCAAUCUAUCUAAUAGUACAACCAGUCUCACUCAGGGUCUGGCAGGAGGCAGAGUGGUACAGCUUAUUCAUCAUGGUGGAAAGGUAACUGCCAUUACAACACGUCAGCCUUUAAGCAAAGUAAAAACCUCUGGUCAGUCUGGCCCACCACCUAAUGUUACUAUACAGGGCCGCAUCAAUAUGAAUGAUCUCAUGGAAAGUCAUAUUGCGUCCCUGUUGACAGGGGGUUCUAAUCUAAGUCAAACUCCCACAGUUGUUAGUAAGAUUGUCCAACAGCAGCAAAUGGCUGGUCAUCAGGCUGUUCAGCAAGUAGUUGUGCAGACUUCUGGUGGUCAACAGGUAUUGCAACAAGUUGCAGUUCAGCAGCUUUCUACUACUCAGGCAAAAUCACAGCACCAACAACAGAAACAGCACCAACAAAAGUGUGGUGUGAUCCAACAACUCCAAAUUACAGGAAAUGAGGAAGUAAUUGGAAUAACAUCACCAACUCGUUCUAUCCAUGUUAGCUUGCCGUCCCUACCAUCUGUCACUCAAAGUGACACACACACUAUUGUAAACACCAUUACUAGCUCUACCACUGUUACCAAAACAUCUAUAGCUACUAAUUCACCACCAGUUACUACGACAUCUAUCAUAACCAACACGCCUGUCAUCACUAAUACUUCCACCAGUGUUACACACAAUAGUACACCUACUAGCAGUGCGACAUCUGGCCCAACCCCUCUUUCAUUAAUUCCAACUUCACCUCUUACACCACAAGCAAAUACCGUGACUUCGCCUCCAACUCCACAACCUGUCAUAGCAUCCCCUCACACUCCAUCCCCUGCUACUGAGCUACCUCCCACACCCUCUUCUUUUCAAAUGGGAGAGGAAAGCAACAGUAGUGAACAAAGUGUUAAUGAAGGCUUGGCUGGACCAUUACCUCCAUUUUUUACCCUUAAGCCAUUUAUAAUGCAAAGCUCACAACAAACAUCACAGCAAAAUCAUCAGUCACAACAGCAGAAGCAACAAGAACAACAGAGGAUAUCAGAUAAAAGUUUUUCUUCUGGAAGUAGCAUGCAGCAAAGCACUAGUACAGCAUCAACUACACAAAUAGCUUUAACAGGAUCAGGCUCUGUGACCCAGAGCAAACAUCCCCAGCGUGGAAAUCAAGCUCAUAUUCAACUGCAGAUUUCACAAAUUUCGAGAAAACCAGCUUCAGUGAUUCGUACAGGAGUAAGUAGCGGGAGGAGGUUGGUGGUUGGAGCCACUGAUGGAAAUGGACGGACGUUAGGCCGGGGCACUGCAGCCUCCCCGUUGCUGGUCAGUGGAUCGACAGAAGUGGGUAUAGCUGUUUCACCAAUGUCUGGUUCCUCUAGCCUGGAAAACUCUCCUGCAGCAACGCAUACUCGCAUCUGCUUGGCAACAAGACCGCAAGAUACGAGGAGCAAUUCCAUUGACUCCUUAAAAAGUGAUCUCAGCAUUGAAGAAGUGCAGAUCCCUCCAAGUCCAGCCACCCUAACAAAACAGCUGCAGAGCGCUUACAUGACGGAGGCAGCAUUAUCUCCAUCAGUCUCUCAGUCACAGCACUCUGGCUCUUCCUACUCCUCACCAGGGACGACCCAUGAUCUCCCAUUUACUGAAGGCCCUCCAACCUCUGAUGACAGCUUCCCGACUACUCUGACUCAGCCUGGCUAUUCAUCUGCACCUUCUGCACCAGGAUUGUCAGUUACAGGUGUAUCCCCAGAAGGAGAUGCACAAUUGGGAGCUCUAGCAUCACCAUCUGGUGAUGUUUACCUACAUCAGUCAGGUACAGGAUUGGGCUUGGAAAGUUUAGAAACAGGAACUUUGCCCCUUGUAACAGGCAUGGAAGUAAGAACACAUUCACCAGCUCUUAGUGACUUGGUAUCAUCUGGGCCACUCUUGACUUGGUCUCCCAGAUCGGCGGACUCUAUGAUGGCACAAUCACCCUCACUUAAUGAUGCUCUUACAGCCAACAUUCCUCUUGAUGUUAAUCAUAGUGAAGACUCAUUAUGUGAUUCAUCUACAGGAUUCCCUGGUCUUUUUUCAAUAGAAGGAGAUGGUGUUAGUGUUUCAUCAAGUACGAGCGAAGAUAUGCGAAUUGCUACACCAGGAGGGGCCUCAAGUAACCAACAGCAGCAUAUGCAUCACCAAGAACAAGAGUCACAAGAACAGGAAGUAACCAUAGAUUUGCAUCCAAGGGAGAGUGAGCAAGAUCACACGAUCACAUCCACAAGAUCACCUACUCAGUUAGAAUUACCUGUAGGCACUUUAAGUGGAAUGUCUUCUCAUGGUACUCAGCCAUCAGGAAGCAUUAUAGUAAAUCAGGCUGCACAAGACACACCAUGGAGAUUUGACAAUACUGUUGGGACCCAAAACAAGCCGGUGGCUAAUCAAACACGAGUACUUGUAAAUGAACACACUAAAGAUGUAAAGCCAGCUGUAAAAAUGGAGGAAGCUGCAGGUCCUUCAGAUAUUAAUCAAGUAAGGUCAAAAAACAUAACUAAAGCCUCUCAUUCCAAAAUUAGAGAUAGGGGAAAGCAUAUGCCAAUCAAAGAGCAAGAACUUGAUGAUGUUAAAAUUGUUGCAGAAGUUGUUUCUUAUAAAAGUACAGGAAGAGAGAGGAGAUCCAUUAUGCAAAAUAAGCCUGAUGGGAUGACUGAUGCAAUCAGUAGUAACUCUUCUCAUGAAGGUUAUAACAAAAAACGAAGCCCAAGAGUAGCCUGUACUCCAGAUAGAAAAAAGAAUAAUUUGCCAGGUGAAAAUGAAGGAAGUGAAGAAAUUCCAACUAAGAAUGGCCAUGAUGAAGACUCAGAUCUUCCAGAUGUAAAAGCUGAACACAGUGCCAGUAACGUUAGAAGUAAACGUAGAAGCUCGCAGCGUACUGUUGCAGCCUCUCCCAGUGGUAUAAUCCAAAGUUCACCUUGUCGCAGCCGUUCCAAGCCCUUGAAAACUAUAGCAGGUGUUAAAGAGAAGGAAGAAUCCAGAGUAAUUAGCAGUGAAUUUAAAGAAGAUAAACUUUUCAUGAAGGUGGACAACAAAGACCUUAAAGAAAGUUGUGAAGAAGGUGUAGGGAGAACAACACGUGGAGCUAAAAGGAGAAGUGAAGGUGAUUCUGUUGGUGAAGUAAAACGUGGCAGGGGUACUAGAUUGGGUCGUAGCCGUAGUGAUGGAUAUGUAUUAUCAGUGGAUGAGGAUGUGCUAAACCAUUUAGAUGAAGACUGUGCUUUAUCAAGGGGACUACGAGGCCGUCAUGUGAGUGGUACUUCAGACACAAGUAGUAACUAUAGCUUGGAACAUGCAAUUACACCGGGACCACACGAUUCCCCUAGUAUGAGUGGGAGCAGAAGGCGACGGCGUCUUAGUCGAGAAAGCAGUGCCAGUAGUAGAGAUGGGAGCCCUCCGAUAAUGCAUGACUUUUCUCCCAGCGGUGUAAAUACUCGACGGUCCUCCUCUCGUGACCAUGCCAAAAAAAAGAAAUGUUCUUGUUGUGGGGGAGGCGAACAGAAAAAAAGUGGGUCUGGAAGUGGUAGACGAUCAUCUGCUAGAGCUUCCCGAGGCUCUAGUACUGGUACUGUGCAAUAAAAGGAGCUAACUAUGGUUGUUUUUCUGCAGUGUUAAUAUUUGCUAGAUUUUCAGGCAUGAAUGUAUAAUACUGAAAAUGAGCAGCGGUGACUGCAGAAAAGUUUGAUAGUGGCAUCAAGAGGAGCAUGAUCAAUACUACCAGUAGCACUGCAAUAGGUAAUAAAGCAGCUAUAUUAAAUGCAGUUGUGUUCACUAGAUCACACUUAUUAAAAGGCCUAACUGCAGGUCUUCUGAGCAGAUUAUCUUCCAGAACUCCAGGUGUGGCAUUUUUUAAUCAGAGGAGGAUAUCACUGCUCACUAUGGUAAUCAGUGACUCUUGAACAGUCUUCACCUCUUUCCACAGUGUAAGCAUUAAGUGUUAUAGUUUUAAUGUUCCUUUUAAUAUUUCAAAAUAUUUUUAUACUCUGGAAGACUUGCUCACUCAUGUGAGCUCUUGCAGCACAUUUUUUUUAUGGGAUGUUAGUGCCAUACAUUUCCAUUUCACACUUAUUGGACUGCAUACCACUGGAAAGAUAUCUCGGUGGUCAUCGGUAGCUUGGCUUGAUGCAUAUCUUGCAUCGGGUCAGAGCAACGAGGUCACAAUGAUCAUUUGUACCUGAAUGCUUUUAAAAUGGUGUUAGCCCAAGUUUGUUAGGCAUCCCUGGAGUGUGAUGCAGCCUCCCCUUUCUAUUUACAAUUGCAUGUGUACACACUCGCGCAUACAUGUUCUGACACAUGCACAUGUACACAUUUACAUGCUCUUGCCUUAAUUGCCACACACACACACACACACACACACACAUAUGGGCUCUUAAUCAUAUUCUCACGUGGUCUCUCUAAUAUGUACACGUACACACACAUUCACUCACACUCACUCACUCACUCACACUCACUCACUCACUCACACUCACUCACUCACUCACUCACUCACUCACUCACUCACUCACUCACUCACUCACUCACUCACUCACU